AAUGAAUCUCUCUUAUCCCAGUUAGAGGCCCAAAAUGACGAAACAAUAGAUGUCAUGACCGACAAAGUUAAAUUAUUGAAAAACUUGACAAUCAAAAUGGGCACUGAAAUCAAAUCAGCUAAUCUUAAUAGUCUAUCAGAUACCUUUGACAAGACCUCUUCUUCCUUGAAAAGAAACUUUAAUAAUUUACUUAUUGUAUCUAAAAACGCUGGUAUAUCCUGGAAAUCUUGGUUAAUCUUUUUUAUCUUGGUGUUUGGUUUUUUCUUCUGGGUAUGGAUCUUUUAA